AGCUUUUGUACGCUCACAUACAUUUUGUCUCAAUCUGAUUAGACCUACAGUCCCCAAUUUAGAGUAGGGGGAGGGGGUUGAAGGGUCCCCAGCGAAUGAGGAAGUUAUAGCAAUUGAUAUGGCACUUCAUUUUGAGGUCAAGACAGAAAGUGAAUGUUAUAGAAAAGACUGAAGUGAUUUUUUUUAUUUUAUUUUUCAAUUUUCACAAGAACCCUAUACUCAGGCAAUACUUUUUCUACUCACUUACCUGUGCUGUUUUCUCAUCUGGAGCUCUGUUUAGAAACCAUGGCCAGUAAAUUAGAUAUUCCUCUUCAUGGGCCUGCAGUUAACAUUGUGUGGCAAUGUGGACCCACUCUGAGUGAUGUCCUUCAAAGAAAAUUUGGAUGUGUGGCCAUCAUCGAGGGUUUGGAUUUUGAAAGAGAUCUGACCAUUGCACAGCAGAAAAGGCCAACUACUGUCCAAGAGAAAAGGUUUGAGGUUAUGCUGCAUGCAGGUGUUAAAGUGUCUGUGUGGAAGGCUGAUCUCACCAGAUUCCGGGUGGAUGCUGUCGUGAAUGCUGCUAAUACCGUUCUUCAACAUUAUGGCGGCCUUGCUCAAGCUCUGUCCCUUGCUGGCGGUUCUCAAAUCCAGAAAGAGAGUGAUGAUUACAUCAGAAGGAAAGGAAACUUGGCAACAGGAGAUGCAGUUGUCACUGAUGCUGGGUUACUACCAUGCAAGAAGAUAAUUCAUGCUGUGGGUCCGCAACUACAACUAUACUCCUCUAAGUCUGAUGUUUCAUGGGCUGAACCGCAGUUAAGGAAGGCCAUCAGGAGCAUUCUUGACAGAGUUAAGGAAAACCAUCUGAAGACUGUUGCCAUUCCUGCUAUAAGCUCAGGCCUGUUCAAUUACCCCCUGCCACUAUGUGCAGACACCAUAGUGUCAGCUGUGAAACACUACUUUGAAAACUACCCCUCUCAAAGAUUUCGUCCUGAAGAGAUCCUCCUUGUGAACAAUGACGAGCCAUCGGUUAAGCAAAUGGAGAGGGCUUGCCAUGAGAUACUAGCCCCCCAUAAGCCCAUGUCAUACAGUCAGGCAGCAGCUGCGAAAACCCCAAAACCAACUGUCCAGAUUGGAAAUGUUCUUCUGACACUGAAGCAGGGUGAAAUUGAGAAACAGCAGACAGAUGUCAUUGUAAACACUGUAUCAUCAAACCGAAACUUGCAACUUGGUGUGAUCUCCAAUGCUUUAUUAGUGAAAGCUGGUUUGGGAAUGCAAAAUGAGCUUUAUAAAGCCAGAGAAAAGGCACAAGUCGUCGUCACAAAUGGCUACCACCUGCAGUGUAAAGAGGUGUAUCACACAUUUUGCACUGAAAAAGGAACGGAAGCAGCGCAGCAGAUUCUUUACGAAUCAGUAUCGGAAUGCUUAUGGAUUGCAGAUGCAAGUCACCACAAGUCAAUUGCCUUCCCCGCCAUCGGUACUGGAGGCCUGGGGUUCAGCAAAAAAGACACUGCCCAGAUCAUGUCUUCUGCAGUGGCUAACUUCGCCAAGAAGUCCACAAAUAUGAUGGAAGUUCAUUUUGUCACAUUACCCUCUGACAACAGCACAUUCAAGGCUUUUCAGGAAGAAAUGAAAUUUCUCCAGCAAAAAGCAUCUCAUCCCAGCUCUACACAGGCAUUUGAGCACAGAGAUUACUUCCCUGACAGCAAACCUCCCACUCCACAGAUCAGCCUGAGCGGCCCCUCUGACGAAGCAACUCGCGAGGCUGAACGAUGGGUCAGCGGGCUUCUCCAACCCUCUGGCACUUUCACUAUCCAUAACAACUUCAUCCAGCACUUGGGCGAGCAAGAAUAUCUGCAGCUGUCCUGUCUAACCAAAAAGGGCGUUUUCAUUGAGGAGUCCUUCAAGAAAGGCCAUGCAGCCAUAACUGUAAGCGGAGGUUCAUAUGAAGAUGUUGCAGCUGCUGCGUUGGAGGUGGAGGCCAUGCUCUGCAACAUCCAGAAGGAGUUUGUCAGAGAGGAGGAGGGUCCAAUGCUUGUAAUGUCGACUAAGAAUGUGUCCUUUGAAAGAAAGACAGUUGAUUGCCAAAGCCUUGUGUUCUCAGACAGAUUAUCUGAUUUCAGAAAGGAAAGGCUGCAGAUAAUCAAGUUGGAAAAAGUGGAGAACCCUACACUGAAGAUUCUGUUUGACCUCAAGAAGAAACAGCUGCAAUGCAACAUUUCUCAAAAAAUGCUUCAGCGCAUACCUGCACAGUUCUGUGAGAUGGUUAGCCAUAUUGGAUUCCAUUCAGAGUGUGCACCCCCUGCAGACCCAGCAUAUGGAGAUGGCAUCUACUUUGCUGGCUCAGUGAGAAAGGCCAUGGAAGUGUGGAAGGAGCAAAAUGAGGAGUAUCUGUACUUUGUGGAGGCCGAGGUGCUGACCGGAAAGUCCACCCCUGGUAAACCAGGUCUCAUUCUGCCACCUGCCGUGGGGACAGAUCCUCAAAUUCUUUAUGACAGUGUGAGCGGAGGAACUGAUAUCUCUGUCAUAUUUAGUAGUUAUCAAGCUCUACCUAUGUACAUUAUCACCUGUAAGGUGGUCUGAAGAAUUAUUUCUCCACUCUUUCCUCUCGGUUUAUUGUGUUCUAUUACAAAUGUAAGAAUGUUCCAAUAGUGUUAGAGAGAACUGGACAAUAGCAAGUUAGAUUAUUCUAAAACAACCUGGAAUACAUUCUUAAUGAAUGUAUACACAAUUAGGAAAAAAUUGGCAGUUUGCAUCAAACCUUGAAACCAUAUGGACCAAUAGCGCAACAUUACAGAGGAAUCACACAUGCCAGGUUUGUUUUUCUUAAAGCUGAACAUUGCAUAAACUGCAGCUUUAAAAGGUUUGUUUUGUUUUCUCAUUGUAAAUUAGUUUCUUGAAAGCAGCACUGUUACUAGGAAUAGCACAAUCAUUUGUAUAGCAAUCAAGGAUUCAGAUUUAAAAAUGCAUUGCCAUAAAGUAAAAAAUAUUCUUUCUACAUUGGUAGGACUCAUUUGUUUAGUGGCACCAUAUGAUACCAUACAUAUAUAUGCAAACAUCAUUAGAGUAACAUAUUCCACUAAUGAUUAUAUACUGACACUAUAAUCCUUAAUGUGACACGCUAAAGGCUUUGGCUGGUGGUAAGGGAUGCACUGUACAUUACAGAACUACUACAAAUACAGGAUUUUAACCUAAUUGUAAAAUACUCAUAAACCAAUGGCAAUGACUGUCAAAUCCGUGAUGAAAGGGAAACUAGCCAAAUUGGGAUGGAGCACGAGGGAAUCUAUAUUGUGCCUGAUGUGCCUUUUCUUUUGUUUGUUUGUUUGUUUGAAGAGUCCAGGGGCUUUGUUUUGACGCCUAAUUGUAGGUCAGGAAACCACUUCAAGGAAUAUGGAAAAGGUGCUUGUUUAAAGACAAAUUGUGGCUGUCCAGAUUUGUUUACUAAUAUUUUAUAUUUAGUGAU